AUGAUUAUUCGUGGGCUUGGUCUCAUGUGUCUGUUCAUGAUCGUGAACAAAGCCAACGCUAGAGAGUUUGCGGUGGGUGGUGCAAAAGGUUGGACCGUCCCUUCCGGUUCUCAAGUUUACAGCCAAUGGGCAGAACAGAGCAGGUUCCAAAUCGGCGACUCUCUGCUGUUCGUCUACCAGCAAAACCAAGAUUCAGUGCUCCAAGUCACAAGAGACGCUUACGACAGCUGCAACACAGACGCACCAACUGCCAAAUUCGCCGACGGCAAAACCUCAUUCGCGCUGACCCACUCUGGACCAUACUACUUCAUCAGCGGAAACAAAGACAACUGCAAGAAAAACGAGAAGCUCGUCGUCAUCGUCAUGGCUGACCGAAGCGGCACCACAGCACCAUCACCGCCGUCUCCAGCCCCGGCUCCCACGGAGGAAUCCGGUCCUUCUCCGCCUGUCACGGGAACAUUUGAGAUGACCCCAGCACCUAUGCCUACCCCAUCUCAAGAAACUCCAAACAACGCAGCUUCUUCUUCUGCUUCCUUCGUCGCUGCUGCUCUUCUCGGGGCUGCUCUUGCCUCCACUCUAUACUAA